AUGCUUCUUUUAUAUUUCCUUUUUCCUGCCACAAUUCUUUGCUACAAUCGUCGCUUUUUUGAAAGUCGACAAAGCGAGAAUUUCUUAGAAGAAUUGCAGAAACAAGCGGAUGAUUCAACUACAAUUGAUCCAGAAGAAAUUCUCGAAGAGAAAGAGAACAAGAUCAAGGCCACCACAAAAAGCAUUCCUUUGACUCAGCGUGAAUGUACGGGGGCACUAUCAAGGAUUCCGAAAUUUGUUGAAGAGCUUGAUUGUACAGCGGCUGAUGAAUGGAAGAAAAUUGUGGAAACACAAACAGAACCACGAUCGGAAUUGAAGGAAAAAAUGAGAAAAUGGGCUCUCAAGUACAAUGUUGAGGAAGAAUUGAUUAACUGGUUGAAUGCUGAAGAAAAUCUCUAUAAUCAAAAAGGGGAAAAGUAUCAAAGUGUGCUUAAUGGAGUUUGGGAAAUGAUUAAUAAAAUCGACGAUUUGGCUAGAAAUGAGACACUUUCACGAUCCGAGGAACGACUCGCCGUUAGUCAACUCUAUGAAAAUGAGGACAAAAUUGUAAUUGAGGUUGUAAAUCUUGUUGUUCAAUUGGUUCGCUCGUGGGCCGGGGAAAAAUUUCCCUUUCGAAAGAUGCGCCCACUUGAAGGUGUUCAAAUUUGGACCGAAAUC